CUUCGCAAAAAUCCAACUAAUAGUGCCUGAAUCCAUCUUCUACCUUGCUUUUCGCAAGUCGCAUUGUGUCCAGCGAGAUACCAUACCAAUCCGAUCGCAAGUGGCUAUACGACGUUGAUUACAAUUUGGGUCGCCGGGUUUUUAAAAUUGCGCGCGUGUCCAAUCUGUGAACAUUGCCUAUGCUGUGUUAAUCAAAAUCAAUCCACCUACUGUUGCUGUUACUGUACUCUCGCUCGCUCGCUUUGGCUCUCAAUCUGCCAUUGACCCCCGGUUACCGACGUUUUCUGCCCAUCAGUCAAUCGCGCUGUACCGUAUUCUAGCAGCGGCUUUCUACCGGCUUGGAACAUACAUACACUGCACUCUAUACUGCAAUAAUCCGUCGCCAUGGCCGAGCCUGCGCAUCCUGAUAUCCAGAGCAUCUUGGCCGCGCUUGCUUCCCAAAGGCCACCGUCGUCAGCCUCGACCCAGACGCCGCCCGCAUCUGCUGGCGCAUACCCAGCACCACCUGGCAGCGCUCAGCCAGCGUCGUAUCAACCUCCGCCCCCAGGCGUCGUGGGCUUUGCUCCUCCCGGCUCUGCCCUGCCCGCUCCCGCCUCCAGCGGCAAUGUCGACCUGAGCGCUCUUCGACCCGUCAACUCGGGCACGAUGAACUUUGACGAUGUUAUAUCCAAGGCGAGAGCGUAUGCGACCGAGAAGGGCAUUACGCCUUACGACCGCCCGCUCGUCUAUGGCUCAGAGUCGAGAACCUCUGACAGGUCCUUUCGCCGAUCUAGAUCACGAUCUCCUCCUCGCGGCGGCGGCGACUAUCAUAAUGGCAGCUCAUACCGGGACGAUCGUCGUGGGGCUCCUCCUCAGGGUCGAGAAUAUCGCGAGCGCUCCUACUCUCCCCCGUCACGUGGUCGCACCUUUUCCCCUCGUGGCGGCGCCGCCGGCCGAGAAAGAUCUCCUCUGAGAGGUGGUGAUGACAACUCCGAGACGAUUCAGAUAGAGUCCAGUCUGGUUGGCCUUAUCAUCGGCCGCCAAGGAGAGAAUUUGCGACGGAUCGAAGCUGACACGAAUUGUCGUGUUCAAUUUUUGGCGGCUACCGAUGGUGGUCCCUUCCGACAGUGCAAGAUCACUGGCCCACGUGCUCGUCGUGCCGAAGUCAAGACAGCCAUCAAUCGCAUUAUCGAGGAUAGUGGAAUGGGAGCCCUUAACCGCGCCCAAGAAAAGCCUCGUGAUCCUGCUCGGGGCGGAGCUGCGGCCUUGAGGGAUGGCGAGGACCAUAUGCAAAUCAUGGUUCCGGAUCGCACAGUCGGCCUCAUCAUCGGACGUGGAGGCGAGACUAUCAGGGAUCUACAAGAGCGAUCUGGCUGCCACAUCAACAUUGUCGGGGAAUCUAAGAGUGUCAACGGUCUGCGUCCCGUCAAUCUCAUUGGUAGUCGUGAGGCGGCCGCUCGGGCCAAGGAUUUCAUCAUGGAGAUUGUGGACAGCGACAGCCGGGGCGAUGGUCCGGCCUCUGGCACCAAGAAGCCCCCCAGCGCUGCUCGCAACGAGGGACCGCCGAGAGAAUUUUCUGGCGGUUCUGACAAGAUCAACGAUGCUAUUUACGUCCCGUCCGAUGCAGUAGGUAUGAUCAUCGGCAAAGGGGGCGAGACCAUUCGGGAGAUGCAAAACAGCACUGGCUGCAAGAUCAAUGUGGCUCAAUCGUCAGGCCCUGGCGAAGUCCAGCGGGAGAUUGCGCUCAUUGGAACCCGUGAUAGUAUCGCUCGUGCUAAGCAAGCCAUUGACGAGAAAGUAGAGGCAGUGAAGAGCAGCGGUAGCGGUGGCCCCCCCGGCGGCCGAGGUCGCGGACCGCAAGACGAUCGACCGAGCUACUCCCAGCAGGGUCCCGACUCGUCUACUAACCAACCUCCCCAGGCUUCUUCAGGCGAUGGCUCAGAUCCGUACGCCCAAUAUGGUGGUUAUCAAAACUAUGUCGCUCUGUGGUAUCAGUCAUUGAUGUACCAGCAGCAGCAACAGGGAGGACAAGCGACACCUCCCUCCGGAGGCCCUCCUGCCGGUGCCCCUCCCCCCGGAGCCCAGUAAAGCUUGCAUGUGUUUUGAUUGCAAGCAGCCGCGUGCUUUCGUGACU